AUGAAUCGGGUGGGAUCGGCACGCAAUAAACAAAAGAAGGAGAGAUACGUGUGUGCAAUACAUUUUUAUUACAGGAGUUAUUUGUCCCCCAUUUCUCAUUAUUGUUUUAUUAUUAUUAUUAUUGUGGUUGCCGUGAUGUGUUUUUUCUUUUUUUUCUCCGUGCUUAACGUGAGGCCAGUUGGUGCUUGCUGCUGUUUAUUUAUUUAUUUGGUGGAUUUUUUUUUUUUUCUUUUUUUUUGCUUUGCCAUUUCUUUUACUUCAAAGGGAUUGUUUUUAAAGAAAAAGAAAGGGGACUGGUGGAAUCGCUUCUCGUUAUUUUUAUUUGUGAUGCACAGUGGUGGGGUGCAGAAGGCGGCGGCAGGAGCACCGCAGCUGCCGCCGACCGCCGCCUUUUGGGAGGAGAUGGAGAUGCAGAAAAAAGAAUCGCAGGAGCUUCAGGCGAAAAUUGAGGCAUUCUGCAGUCUUUUUUGUCCGGAGCAAAUGCAUCUGGCGCCGUUUUUAUCCAUUGAGUUUUGCGGUCGUGAGGAAGAGCUUGAAGGAAUAUUGAGUGCCAUGUACGGUCACUCACUCUCGAAGAUGCUUCGCGCGAGAGGCGAUGAGGAGAAAGAGAAGGGUGCGCACUCAACUGGUGGUGCGGUGACCGAUUCAGAUAACGAUUUUAUGGCGCAGGCCGUGGCUCUUUCAUCUUUUUUUGGUCUUGGCCGUCAUUUUGUGCCGGCAGUGUAUGCGCAGACGAAGCGUACGAGGAAUCGAAGAAGAAUGUCGUGGGGAGCGUGGCUGCCAAAGGAUGAAGAGGAGUGGAGCGCAGUGGAAGGCGUAGGAAAAGAAGAGGAGCGUCAAAUAAAACAAACCGUUCUGUUUGAGGUGAUUGCUGCCCUUUUCCCUGACUUUUUGUGCACUGUUUUGGAGGAGGGCGAACAGCGUACUGCCUUUGUGGCUAAACGGCUAGCCGCCUUUUUAUCGUUUCAUGAACCUGAGAGUGACGUGAAAAAAUAUCUUGUGUCGCACGGCGGACGCACACAUUUUGGCAGGAGUUUCCGUAACGUCUUUAUGAAGCACUAUUUCUCUUUUCUUAAAGAGUGCUCGGGAACAAAUCUGUCUCUUGAUGACCUUGACGAAGUGGGUUCUCUCUCUUCCAGUUCUGUUGUGACAAUCGAAUCUGCGGGUGGUGGUGAAGACACAACGAGUCGACGCCGUAAGACGAAGGCGGUAUUGCGUGAGUGGACUACAGCAUACGGGUUGCGUGCGCACUCCACUCCAAUGCCCUCUAGAUCGUGUCCUGAGCUUCAUAACGUGGCGGUUGACACGGAGGAGCUAAGUGCGAUGGAGCGAAUGAGGGCAAUUAAGUUGCGAUUGAGCCGCGCGGAAAUGGGAACGAUGACACAGUCGCAGCCACCAGCAUUUGGCUUUGAUGGCACCAAACCUGCAACGCGUCGUUUCUACGGCACGGGAGCACCAUUUUGGGGUGGUGCUCACAAUGAGAUACAUGCGGCCGCAGCUCGAUGGAAACAGAAUUGGUUUCAGAAUCCAGAAGAGCACAUCUUGCCAAAUUCUUCUAUUGUCUUGGAGACCAACAGCUGCCAAAAAUGUCUCUUUUUAGAGGCACAACUAGCGGAGACCAAAGCGGCCUUUCAACGUGCCUCCAGGAAGUUUGUUGCAAAUGAGGAGCAGCAGUAUUAUAACGAGGCCUCAUGCUAUGCGAAGCAGAAGGAAAUUCUUUAUCCCUUUGAUGUAUCUGAGGUGGAUGGCUCUUCCUCAAAAAAAUUUAUGCCGCAACAUUUGGUUCAACCGUCUCAUGGGUGUCUCAUGUGUCAAGAUUUGCGGCAACGCAUUAAAAGUCUUGAGCAAAGGCUGCGCGAAAGCUAUGAUAAUUGUCGUGAACUCAUUGUCAAGUUGCGCCGCAUCCAACUCCCACCACCGCCUCAUAUGUGUGUAAUUUCUUCUUCUGUUAACGAGGUGAAGAAAAGGGAUGUUUCCACAAUGACAGAACUGACCGGGCAACAGUUAGAUGAGUGUAUUGGGUACAUGAUCCUGGAAUCUUUGUAG